CACUGCACUGUUGUGCGCAGAAUCCGUCGCAUUCGCCAACCCUGCGGGACGACAUCGCGCCUUGAACACGGGGAGCAAGAUGCCGACAGGCCGCAAGCGCUCCUCGCAGGAGCUCAGUACCGACGAUGCCCAGGACCCGGCGCAGCCGUCGAUGUUGCAUCGCCUCAGAAAUAUGUGGCAAUUUGCCAACUUGUACCAGUUCAUCGUGCUCUUCGGACAAGCUCUCAAGUUAGACGACAACCUCGACAUCGAAGAUCUGGAGGCAGAAUGCCUUAAACCAGGGUCCAUGGCACUCCAGGAGAUUGGCCUCGGCCUUCUCAAGUUCCUCUCCUCGCACCGCGGCUUAACCCACGAGUUGUUUGACGAAUAUACAAGGAGACAAUUUCUCAGCAAGGCGCCGGAGAAGAACCCGUUCGGUACCGCAGAGGAACCCGCCAAGUUUGCGCAGUUCGACGUCUUUACCAAGAUUCGCGUGUUACAGCAGAUGACGCAGCUGAUCAUGAUGAACCCGGAACGGUUGCGAGAGAGGACCGAAGAACAGAAAGACACAGAGCAGACAUCAUGGCGCAUCGAACCCUAUGGAUGGGACCGUCACGACCGCACCUACUUUGUCCUCGACGACAACCGUUUGUACCGCCUGACUGAUGCGCCACCGCCGCCUCCGAAGCCGAAGAAGAACACCAAAAAAUUCAGAGCUGCGCAACGGUCCAGCAAGAGGCGUCGCGUCGCAACCGGAGCGGCAAGCGAUGCUGAUGCGCACGACGAUGCUUGCGAAUCGAAUGAUGCGGCGGAACCAGAAGAUGAUGGUCUUGGAGGCAUGAAGUGGGAGUGUAUCGCUGUCACCCUCGGCGAAGUCCGCGAGUUCCUGUCGACCAUCCAGAAGUCCAAGGAUGCCAACGAGAAGAUCCUAUACAAUCAGAUUCAAAAUCAUCUGGUGCCCAUCCUCGAGAAGCAAGAAGAGUCGAGGAAACGGAAACAGCUUCAGCGGGAGAAGGAACUUCUGAACCUGCAGAAGCUGGCUUUCGCGAAGAGGUCUAGCCGGAUUGCUAGCAGAAUGGAACAGCAAAGGAUGGAGGAGCGGGCUCGUGAAGAGGAGCGGAAGAGGCUCGAGGAGGAAGCGGCCAGAAGGAAGCAAGAGGAGCAGCGGUUGAAGAUGGAACGUGAGAGAGAACGUCGGAUGAUGUCGAGAGAACGGCGUCUCAGGGAACGGGAGGCGCGCCGCAGGCUGCAUGAGGAGGAACUUGCUCAACUGUCAGAGGGCAGCAGGGGGGGAAGCAAUGCCUCCGCCCGCAUGUCAGAGCGACGGCGAUUAGCCGAGAUUGAGAGGAACAAGAAGGCCUUGCAGGAGCUAGAGGAGGAGGAGGAAGACUGGAUCUUCGAUUGCGUCUGUGGGGUUUACGGCAAGGUCGAUGACGGGACGCACAGCGUCGCAUGUGAGAAAUGCAACAUUUGGCAGCAUAGCAAAUGCCUGGGCAUCAGCGAGGAGGAAGCGGAAAAGGAGGAUUUCCACUUCAUAUGCAGCUCCUGCCGCCGGCGUCAGGAAGCAGCGGACGAUUCGCGCCCUCGGAUGAUCAAAAUCAAAGUCAACAACCACCAGCAGGCGUCGAAUACCCUUACCGGCCAACAACCGGUGGUAGAGGGCACAGCAGCCCCUCAACAACAACCCCAAGGACAGUCAGUUGCUGAACUCGACGCACGGCAACAACCAAACGCCGCUGAUAGUUCGGAACCAUUACCGACAAACCAAGGCCGCAGCGUCCAGGAGACCCCGGCGGUUCAACCAGCGCAAUCGAGCGCUUCCAAUCCACAACAGCAAGAAACAAGCGGUGAUGCGACGAACAACUGCGUACCCGGACGAGAGACCAUUCAAGGACCACCAACGAGCCAGAGGAACAGCCCUUUCUCGUCACCACAUCCGAGUCUUUUGCCCUCCGGCGGCCAGUCGACCCAACGCAGCCUUGACGAAUCCACUCGCGGCACUCUCACACUUCUCCCGUCUGGCGAUGACGGCAAGGCGGGAUUGGUUGCUAAAUCGGCCGAAGUGACCGCGCCUCCUUCAACGCUGCCCGGAAGCGGGAGUGGCGCCUCGCCAUCAAAGCGACGAGACAGUCCCCCUUCUCCUCCAACAAAGACAUCUUCGACUGUUUCCGCCGCUCCGAGCGGGCUAGCCCCUCCGCUUUCUGCGGAGAAUAUUGGCAGCGUGGCAUCUUCGUCCUCGAUGACUUUGCCACCACAUCUUACCCCGGCGCCGUCGCACGAUGUUAGAUCUGAUCAUGCCGCCUCCAGCUCCUCGCCACUGCCGCCUUCUAGCGGUGGCUUGUCUCCCACGAAGCAUUCGCCGCCUGCGCCCAGACGCCCGCAGCAGCACGUCAACGGGGGCGCCAGCAGCGCCGCGAGUCCCAUGGUUGGGGGAUCCCACCCGCCUUCAACCGUGUUCCCGCCCGUGGCGUCCCUGUCGCCGUCCCCGCGGCAACAGAUACUGACGCCUCCGGUCAAACCUGCAGAACCCGUCAGGGUCCCGCCUCCACAGGUGACCAAGGGCGUGCAGCCGCCUAAGCUUGCCCCGGUCAGCUCUCCGCAAUCGGAUGCUCAGUCGAGUUGAUGCAUGGUGGCUGGAACCUAUGGCUGGGUUGAACGCGAUGGCGGGAGAACAUCAAGGUUUUUGAUAUGCAUAUCGGAUUGUUGGCGGGCAUGGAUGAGCAGGGCAUGUACUGUUGUGUCAUACAGGUUUGAGAAUCAUGGCUUGGAAUUGGGACAUACGUGCGCCUGGCAAGGCGUGGCACCGGUACUUACGGGCAUUAAUUAAGCAUGUUUAGAAGAUAGACUGGCGGGCAGCCUCCACAGAGCAUUCUAACACCAGGAGAAUGAGCCCGGCGGAACCUGUGAAGCCGAUCACUACCACCUUCUGUGCCCAGCGUCAACUCGCGACAUCCAUUCUACUAAAAAGACUGUCGUCAGGUACCUGAAAAACCGCCCU